GACGCUCCGACCAAGGCAACCGCAAUGGAUCAGGAAGAGGGGUCGACCACCGUGGACAAUAUAGUCACUCAGUUCAACACCUAUGAAGAUUUCCUGGACUCGCAGAUCACUACACUGGACUUGUACUACCUGGGGGAUGAAGGCCUGGCCCGCCAGUUGGUGGAGCUAGGCUACCGCGGGACUGGAGAGGUGGUGAAAAGGGAAGAUUUUGAAGCAAGGAAGGCAGCUAUAGAGAUUGCAAGGUUGGCUGAAAGAACUCAAAAAAAGACAUUAACAAGUGCUGGUAAAGACCUGCAUGAUAAUUUUCUGAAAGCUCUGGCAGUGAGAGAAGAAGACAAUCGCAGUGGAAGAGUGAGCUCCGUGAUCUUUAUUCGUGACAGAAAUUCUCAUGGGCAGGAGGUGUCAGGAUACAUUGACUAUGCCCACAGGCUAAAGAUUGAAGAUUUUGAAGUCUACUUUAGUGGAAAAAAAAGACUACUUCCAAGACCCACAGAUAUGAGUUUUUACAACUGGGACAGUCAUGUUGCUGUUUGGAAUUCAACUCCCAACUACCAAGUGAUUGCUGAUAAUCCAAAAGGCUUACUUUUCAAAUACAAAAGAGACAGAAAAAUUCUCAACGUGGACCCUAAGGCUCAACCAGGUGACAACUCUACUAGAACCCCUAUCCAGACAGAGCUUUACAUACAAGCUGUCAUUUUUGACCACGUUUCCAGAAGAAAGACUUAACUACCAACAUGCUAGAUGGUAUCCUAAUGGUUUGCUAAAUUUAAAUGACUCCU